AUGCAUUCAUGGAAGAGGCUUGCGCUGGCUUUGCUCCCUGCAACAGCUCAGACUGUAUUGUCACAAAAUGUGGUCGACUUAAGUGGCGAUGGCUGGACUGUGUCCAGCAAGGCAUUGAACAUCUCUGUUCCUGGCCACCUGCCCUCCCAGGCUCACCUGGAUCUCUAUGCUGCGAAUGUUAUUGACGAUCCAUACUACGGUCUCAAUGACUUCAACCUGCGAUGGAUAGUGAACAACAACUGGACUUAUACCAGCGAUCCAAUCCAGGGACUGUCCAAAAACUCCAAAUCGUCAUACCUUGUUUUCAAUGGACUCGAUACAUUCACAACUAUCGAAAUAUGUGGACAGAUUAUUGGCACAACAGACAAUCAGUUCCGACAGUAUACAUUUGACAUCUCCAAGGCCAUCAGCAAGUGCAAGGGAGAGCCGACUUUAGCCCUCAACUUCGGCAGUGCUCCCAGUAUCGUUAAUAAGAUCGCCGAGGAUCCCAAUUCACAGACAUGGCCCUAUGGCCCACAACAAAUCUACGAGUACCCGAAUCGCUGGUUCAUGCGCAAGGAACAAUCGGACUUUGGCUGGGACUGGGGCCCAGCAUUUGCCCCGGUCGGGCCAUGGCAGAAGGCAUGGCUUGUGCAGUUUGACAACGAUGAAAGUGUUUAUCCCCUGAACACAGACCUGGAUAUCUUCCGCAAGGGCCAGAUCAAUCAUCUGGCCCCGGACCAAAGCCAGCCUUGGGUCGUGAAUGCAAGCAUUGAUUUCUUGGGAACUCUUCCAGAUAAAUCAUCGAUGACCAUUGAAAUCAAGGAUCUUGAGUCAGGCGAGGUGCUCAAAUCUGGCUCACUCGAGAGUGUGUCCACCUCUGGGCAAAGUGUUACGGGUAGUAUCACUAUCGACGCCGACGCACCGAAGCUCUGGUGGCCCAAUGGUCUAGGGAAGCAGAAUAUGUACUCCGCAACCAUCAAUAUCGAAGGCAAGGAUAAGAAGAAACUGGCCAGCAUCACGAAGCGCACUGGCUUCCGCACAAUCUUCCUCAAUCAACUCGACAUAACUGAAGAACAACUGGCCCAGGGCAUUGCACCGGGCGCAAAUUGGCAUUUCGAAGUCAAUGGACAGGAAUUCUACGCCAAAGGCUCGAACUUCAUCCCGCCCGAUGCGUUCUGGCCUCGUGUCACGGAGGAGAAGAUGGAUCGCCUCUUCAAUGCUGUUGUGGCUGGGAAUCAAAACAUGCUUCGUGUUUGGUCAUCCGGUGCAUAUCUCCCUGACUUCAUCUACGAUAUCGCCGAUGAGCGUGGUGUCUUGCUUUGGAGCGAGUUUCAAUUUAGCGAUGCGAUGUACCCGACCGAUAAACCGUUCCUGGAUAAUGUCGCACAGGAAAUCAUUUACAAUGUCCGACGCGUGAAUCAUCAUCCAUCCCUGGCAUUGUGGGCUGGUGGGAACGAGAUUGAAAGUCUCGAAUUGCCUCUUAUUAAGGAAGCUGAUCCAGAACACUAUUCGCAUUGGGUCGGGGAAUACGAAACAUUAUUUGUUCGUCUGAUCCUUCCUCUCGUGUACGAAAAUACGCGGUCAAUUUCCUACACGCCCAGUAGCACGAACAAUGGCUAUCUCUAUGUCAACCUGUCUGCUCCCAUUCCCAUGGCUGAGCGAUAUGACAACACUACUGGUGGAUCCUACUAUUCAGAUACAGACCACUACAACUACGACAGUAGUGUCGCUUUUGACUAUGGAUCUUACCCUGUUGGUCGCUUCGCAAACGAAUUUGGCUAUCACAGCAUGCCAAGUCUACAGACUUGGAAGCAAGCAGUGGAUCAAGAGGAUCUCCAUUUCAAUAGCAGCACCGUUGUGCUUCGAAACCACCACUAUCCUCCCGGUGACACCGAGACCGAUAACUACCACAACGCCUCCAUGGGUAUGGGUGAAAUGACCAUCGCGGUCGAGCGCUACUAUCCGAUUCCGAAUAAACACGAUCCCGUUGCCAAUUUCAGCGCAUGGUGUGACGCGACGCAAAUGUUCCAGGCAGACAUGUACAAGUCUCAAAUUCAGUUCUACCGUCGUGGCAGUGGUAUGCCAGAACGUCAACUAGGCUCGUUGUACUGGCAGCUGGAGGAUAUCUGGCAGGCCCCAACUUGGGCAGGUAUCGAGUACGAUGGACGCUGGAAGAAGCUCCACUACAUGGCUCAGGAUAUCUACCAGCCCAUCAUUGUUUCCCCUUUCUGGAACUACACUACCGGAGGCCUCUCUGUUUAUGUCACAUCUGACCUUUGGGAAACUGCUCGUGGAACGCUCAACCUGACCUGGGUGGAUUUGUCCGGCAAGCCCAUUGCUGGAAACGCUGGCACUCCCAGGACCAAGCAAUUCACUGUUGGUGGACUCAAUUCAACUGAGAUUUAUGCCACGGGUCUGUCAGAUUUGUCUCUUCCGGAUAAGACAGAUGCCGUCUUGGUGCUUUCGAUCAACGCUCGUGGUCGUCUGCCCAACGCCGGGGAUGCAGUUUCAACCUUCACCCACCUUAAUCAAUUCACGCCUGUCUUCCCGAACAAACUUUCUCUUGUCGACCCGAAACUCAGUGUCUCUUUCAAUGAAGAAGACAAAACUUUCGUUGUUGAAGCAAAGAGCGGCGUCUCUCUUUACACUUGGCUAGAUUACCCUUCGGGUGUUGUGGGAUACUUCGAUGAGAAUAGUUUCACACUUCUCCCGGGGAGAAGAAGAAACUCAAGUUUCAUGUACAAAAGGACGAGACUGGUGGGAAGUGGGUCAAGGAUGUGA